AUGGUUUCCGUGCGAGAGGUCGACUCUGUGAGCGACGAUGCAGCCGAUUUCGAAGAUCCAGGAACCUCCGUGCAAACCCUAAUUGUGGCCAUCAAACAAAGACGAGAUCCAAGAAAUCACGAAAUUGACUCCGUCGUCGAUCUUCUUCCCCGGAAUAAGUAUCCGCCCGCGGCUCAAGUCUUCGAAUUUCGGAGAAGAAGCCGUAGUUUUCCAGAUUGGUACGCGAAAUCAGGGUCUCGAAUUGCAGGGAAAAUAAUGCGAAACCGAGAGCAACGACGAGAUGAGAAAAGGAGGGAUUUUGCGGAACCAGAAGUCGGAGCUAUAAUCGCCGGCACUCAGAAGCUGAAUCGUCGUGCGUGUGUGUGGGUCUUGACGACGACGUUGGCCGCAACGAGAGGAAGAGAGAGAGAGAUGCGAGCCAGGGAGAAACACUUUGAUGAUCGGUUUAACUUUCACACAAUAUGGUAG